GCUCAGGGAUUAAAGAAGAAUCCGGCCCCCCUACCAUGAUGCCUGCAGCUGGAGGCAUGGCCCACGUCAGACCCACUCAUGUCCUGAGAGUGGGACAAACCGUCUGUCUGGACUCGGUCCAGGACUUGGUCACUCACCAGCCCAGCUGUCACCUGGAAGACCCCGACCUGGACAUGACCCUGGAAAACCUCAACCAGCUCAUGAUAGAACUGGACCCCACGUUUGAACCGGUCCCAGUCAGCAGAAGCCCGUCCUGCAAAAGCCCCCCAGCAGGCUCCCUGUUUUCUGAUGAAGGUUCUGGCUGCGUCCUGGUUCCCAGAGGAUGUCUGCCCAGCUCCUCACCCAUCGUGGUGCCAUCAGCGGCGCCCAGCAGUCCCAUCCCGAUCCUGGGCAGCAGCUCCAAAGGUCUGCCCAUGUUCUCCGGGUCUCCGUCGUCCUUCCUGCCCCCGCUGCCAUGUGGAAGUGCCCCCAGGAGGAACCCCUCACCAAAACAAGAGCUUUCCCACGGAUCCCUGCGCACGUCCCACUCCAACAGGAACAGCRCCACCUCGCUCCUCUCCACGUCCACGUGCUCAGACACCAGCUACAUCCUGGGCAGCAACCUGUCCCUGACUGCAGAAGACACCGACCACUCAGAAUCCAUCCCUCCCUGCACACCUGGGUCCUUCACCGAGGGAUCCAGAACCCGGAUGUUUGACUGCAGGCCGUCUCUGACCAAACAUGGACAUCUUCAUGAACUCCACAGUUCAGGGACACGCAGCAGUCCUGCUUCGCUCUCCGGUUCCCAAACAGAUAUUCCCUUACUGCUCAUCAACGGAGCGCCAGAGUCAGACCUACACGGUCCAGGACCAGAGGUGGACCUGAUCCAGAACAUCCCUCUGUUCCAUUCUAAAAAAACRUCUCCAGGGCACCAGAGCAGUUUCUGUGGCAGCAUACCGUCAAUGAAGUUUGUCAUGGACACGUCAAAGUUCUGGUUCCGUCCACACAUCAGCAGAGCAGAAGCUGAAGCUCUUAUAAAAGACAAAGAAGCAGGGACGUUUGUGGUGAGGGAGAGCACCACCUACAGGGGGAGUUUUGGUUUGGCCAUGAAGGUGGAUCUGUCGCCUACCUCAGCUGCCGUUGCUGCUCCAUAUCCAGGAGAGAGUAACUCAGACCGGAUCAGACACUUCCUGAUUGAAUCAACAGCUAAAGGCGUUCGGAUCAGAGGUUCCUCCCAGGAGCCGUACUUUGGAAGUCUGUCUGCRUUGGUCUACCAGCACACUGUUUCUGCGUAUGCCCUACCCUGCAGGUUGCUGCUCCACCGCCCAGAUCUUCACAGAGCAGAAGACAAGACGAGGGAAAAGGCAGCAGACGACAAAAAUAAAACAGGAUGUUUGGUUUCGUGGCCAAAGGCGCCGAGGCCGGCACGGAGAACGUGUGUCACGUGUUCGCAGAGUACGACCCUCUGCAGCCCUGCAGCCAGGCCGUGAAGUUCAUUCAAGCUGCUUUAACUAAAGCCUAGCUCUGAAAGCUCCUCUGCAGUUUGUCUCCAUCUGCUGGUAAAAUAUUCACACAAAAAAGUCAUAAGAAAUUAAUCUAACUGCUGCAUAAGUUAGAUGUUUGUAAAAACCUAUUAAACAUAUAACUAACUUUUAAAAUGAUGACAAAAAUAUUUAAAGAUUAAUGUUAAAAUAACUUGUGGUUUGUCGUCAGAAGGAAGCAUGUUAGAACCAAAUAAAGUAUUCUGUUUCCUCUCUCAAA